GUUUCUUUCUUUCUUUCUUUCUUUCCCUUUUGCAACUCUUUCUACUCUCUUUAUCUUUCCCCCUUCAUCCCACUACUGUUAAAAAAAGCAAAGACAACUUUCCUUUUCUUGCGACCGCAACACUUUCAGGCAGCAUCCACAACAAACGAUCUGUCCUCAAAAGUAAAGAAUAUCACCCUCCAUCACCUCGAGAAAAAGAAAAAAAAAAAGAACAAAACAGAUGACAGAGAACUUGUCUAGAAUUUCAUCUAGAAAGAACGACUAUCACCCGUGGUAUCCUAUGGAACCAAAUGCUGGUACAUUCACAGAGCUUUGUUCAACUAUAGGAGCGCAAGGCGUUCAAGUGGAGCAAGUUCAUUUGGUAUCGGAUCAGAAUCCGUUCCAUGAUUUAGAACCUGUUCAUGGAAUUAUGUUAUUGGUACCCUACAACAGCAACACGUAUUAUUCGUAUCAUCAGCAACAACAAGAGAGUAACCAUCAUAGCAGCAGCAGCAGUAGCAGCAGUAGCAGUAGUCAUAAUAGUAGUAGUAAUAAUAGCAGUCAUCCCAUCUAUUUCGCGAAACAAAUGAUGCACGAUGCUUACGCCUUACAUGGUCUUUUAAAUAUAUUACUCAAUGGCAAAAAUAAUGUCCAUAUCCAUCUCAAUUUGGCUCGAUUCAAGCAGUUAACGCAAUACCAGUCCUCAGGGGGUAAAGGCACCACUUUAAUCAAUACCGCAUUCCUGAGAGAGGCUUACAAUAGCUUGUCCACGAAGGGAAUAAAAGGAAGGCAUCCUCCAGCAAAACAACACGGUUAUCAGUCUAUUGUAUUCCUAAAAAUAGAGGGAGCUAUUUGGGAGUUGGAUGGAAUGAAAGAGAAUCCAACGCUUUUGAGUGCUUGUCAUCACGACACGAUCCAUUGGUUAGAUGUUGUUUACAGAGAACUGUUGAGAAGAUACCAGAGGCUCGACGAUUCGGUGACGCUAUGGGCAGUCAUAGAAGAUAGGAAACUCGUUCUUCAAAGGCAAAUCGUUGAAAAGCUUUACUUGAGAAGUGCGAUUGAGAGAAGGCUUGAUUUUCAUCGUCCAGACUGGCGAAUCAAAAUGAAUGUUAUUUACUGGGAUGAAGAGUUUCGACAUACGAUAGACAAUAAUGAAACAAGUAGACGAGGAUUGCAGACGUCGAAACAGCUUUUGAGUUACUGUCAAUCGUUUUCACAACUACCGACCCAACACCAAGCAGAAAGUACAGCCACUUUGGAUAAUUAUACUCGGAAUGUUGAAACCAUGGGAGUUGCUUGGUUAAAAAUACAAGAUAUCAUGCUGCAGCUGUAUGAAAAACUCGGGUUAGAAGUAGAGAAAACAGAAAAACAGAGAAUGGACAUUCAAAGGAAAGCAUUUGAUUACACACCCUUUAUCCGCUCGUAUCUCAAAGGUUUAUAUGACGAGGGACACUUACCAUCCGUCCUGCGCAACUAUUAUACUCAACAUUAACAACGACACGACGACAACAAUCCUUUCCCAUUUUUUUUUUUUUUUUUUUUUAUAAUUUUUCAAAAAAAGCAACUAACUAUGCGGUUUUCACUUUCUUAUGUAUUUAAUUUGAUCCUUUUUCUCUCCCGCACACUUACUUUAUAUACCUCAACAUAAGCAUAUACCCGUAAGAAAAUGAGAGAAGCACACACAUGUUCAACAUGCUUAUUUUAUACAUCUAUGUAUACACACCCAU